AUGUCUCUCUGGAUUUGGCUUCUCCUUCUCUCUCUUCUCUUCAUUGCUCUCUUUGUGGUAUUCAACACAGACUAUGUCUUUUACUGGACCGAUCCUGUGAAUUGUCCUACCUCCGAAUUUAAAUAUCAAUACGACAUUGAAAAGUAUGAUGAAAUCUUUUGCGACAAACCUUUCGAAAAGACUGAAAAGAAGAUUUUAAUCGUCGGAUGUGGUUUCAGUGGCUUGUCAACCAGUGCUGCACUCACUCGAUAUGGCAUUCCAUUUGAUGUGGUUGAGGCAAAUAAUCAAAUUGGAGGAAAUUGGUUUUCUGGAGUCUACGAAACGGUUCACAUUAUUAGUAGCAGAAAAACAACUGAAAUGAAAGAUUACCCAAUGCCUUCUUGGUAUCCAGAUUUUCCAUCUGCCAAACAAAUGUUGGACUAUUUCCUGGAUUAUUGUAAACAUUAUCGAAUUAAUGAGCGAUUGUCACUCAACACGGAAUUGACAAGAAUUUCUGAGCAACAGAAUUCCACAGGAUAUCUUGUUGAAUUUAAACAAGGAAAUCAAACAUUUACAAGAGUGUAUAAGGGAGUAAUUAUUAAUAAUGGUCAUCACUGGUCGCGAAGAAUGCCUAAAUAUGAAAAUCAAGAA